CUUUUUUAAGCUUAGAUUCAAUUUCCGGCCAAACACGCAUAAAAGAAUGACAACACGCCCUGCUACACAAAUUAAAAUAAAAAGUGAGAAAAGAGUAUUUUGUCUAACUGCCAUCAUCAUCAUCCUGUCUCAUCAGGCAGUACACAGGAUAGAAUGGAUUGACAUAGGCUAAAAAGGGUAAUCAAUCGACACAAUCCUAUCCUCGAUCCUCUUUUGGUUUGGUCGAGAGGUUGAUUUCCGUUGCAUUUUGCAAGGAGUAGCACAGUCAAUGUUCCGAUAGCAUCUUUGCAAUCGAGUUUCCCAACUUCUUUUCUUUUCUUCUUCUUUUAUUGUACUGUACAUAGCACAACGCACAGCUUUCUUCCUUUCAGCGCAAAUCGACAAAUCGCAACACUUUUACGUUUAUAACCUUCUUUUCUUGAUCAACAAGAAUGGUCGCAUCUACAAGUACACCACGAACAUCAGCAGCACGUUCGAGUAGGACAUCUGACGUAGAUCAAUUCACCUCGAAUGGUACAUUCAAUCCACCACAACAUGCUUAUUUGGUCGAUGAAACAGGAGAAGCAUCAUUCACAUUUGUUUGCUUAGGCGUGGGAGGUGGACCGCUGGAAAAUGAUUGUUCAUGCUAUCUCUUGAAACCUGCACAUAGGCAAUGGACAGAUGGAAGUGUGGUACUCGAAGGAGGAUCGUGGCUAGGCGCUCUAACAAGGAUUUUGGAAAACGUUGGACCGAAUUCUGCUUUCCAUGAUACCCAAUUCCCAUCCGAGGUACCAGCAAUACGUGCAGGAUUCAUUGGAAGUUUUGCGCAUUCAUUUUUGAUAUCUCAUGCCCAUCUGGAUCACAUCUUAGGCUUGGUAUUAGGAUCAGCAAGUUUACCGCAAAAAUCAAAUGUGUAUGGAUUGAAAGGUACGCUGGAUAACAUCAUGGGAGUGUUUAACGGAAAGAUUUGGCCAAGAUUGGCAAGCUUUGAUGAUGAUGGAGGUCCGGCUAUAUACAGACUGAAAUCAUUGGAACCACAAAAGAAAGCAUUAGUGGAUGAUGAUCUUUCCGUCUUGCCUUUCGCUUUGAGCCAUGGCUUAAACCCAUCCGUCGUUCCUGCUCCUCCAACUCCGAAUCCAUUGUUUGCAAGAAGACUAUCUUUGUCUAAUAAAAGACUUUCAUUGCCUCUCAAUGGAUACUUUUCCACACCGUCAUCAGCCGGAGCUGGCUACGGGCCUGAUCGAUCAAGUGGACUGGCAGGAAGCGGGGAUAGACCAGUCUUUACGAGCCCAUUUGCACCGGAAUCGGUUCCUGUAGCGGCCGAUACAAGCAAUGUGACAAUAAGGCAUGCAGAGAAUACACUUAGCACACCACCUCCAGAAGGAGAACCCAAAACAAAGCAAAGAUCGGAAGUGGAGCCAGGGUCACCGACGUCGGGCAUAGCAAUGACAGCAAACAACUCUGUUCCACCUCCCACCUAUCAAUCCACUUCUGCUUUCUCACAAGCGAUUGCCAAAGCAUCUGCAGGCGGUAGCCUGAGAUUGUCUUCUCUGCGAACACGAAGACCCAAGACUGCUCAAGGAUCGGAAAAGGCCAUCAAUGCUCCCGCAUCAGCAGGAGCAAAUGCGCCUCCCACUGUAGAUGAAGUCAGUUCACGCGCAUCUUCCAUUGUGGCAGGAUCAAACAUGUCAGGCAGACGAAAUCUGGCUCCUCAACAUGUUUCCUUGGAACCUUCAUUUCCAGCAUUGGAUUCCACUGCCUUUUUCAUCACGAAUGAGAAAACGCAAAAAGAUGUGUUAUUUUUUGGGGAUGUUGAACCGGAUAGUGUAAGUCAAAGUCCAAGGAAUGGUAGAAUAUGGACGCAUGCCGGACAACGAUUCGCAGAGGGGAAGCUCAACACAAUCUUUUUGGAAUGUAGCUUUCCCGCUUCUCAUCCGACAGAAUUCUUGUACGGCCAUCUUUCGGUGGAACAUGUGUUUGAUGAAUUGGAUACGCUUGCAAGGGUGGUGGUAGCUGAACGAAAGCGGUCUAGGAUACGCAAGCAAAGAAAGGCGGCCGAUGUGGGAAAGAGUACAACAAGCGAAGGAGCUUCUAGACGAAUUUAUGCUUCUCAAUUACCACAAAUUCCUGCUUUGCAUACUUCUGAAAGAUUGAUAACCGAUGAAGAAUUACGAUCAAGCUUGGAUGGAUUGCAUGUUGUCAUCAUUCACGUGAAGACGGCCUUGUUCCCUUCUUAUGAAGCCACGCCCAGGCCUUCGAUCGCAUCAACGUCAUCGUAUGAAACUGCAGAGAAUGGCGAACCAGCAAGUUCGAAAGCUGAUACAAAGAAAUCACCUUCGAUCGGACGAACUUCUGAACGUGUAAAUAGACCGAUGGAUUCACGAUCGAUGCAAAAACGCAUUUUGCAAGAAUUGGAAGAACGUGAAGAGGAUAUUGGUUUAGGUGUUCAUUUUGUUAUGGCACAACAGGGUAUGCGAAUUGAUUGUUAGAUGCAAGGCUUUAUCACAUAGAGAUGUUUGAGGGGGUCAUCAACAAAGCCUUUGUUCACACACACGCAAACACAUACACCAACAUGUUUUCUGAUCUUUUUUUGUGUAAAAAGUGUAUUUGUAAUCGCCUUGGCAACGAUUUGAUGUAAGCAAUGAUUAUAAUAGUAUUGACUCUGAUCAUGUGUGUGUGUUUUGGACAUCAGGAACAAACGUUCACUUUGUACCUGUCUUUCGAAGUAUAUUGAAUUAUACUUCAAUUUAGACUUUCUUUCGGAUUCACGAGGUCCGGGCUCUUUUCUGUUCUCACG